AUGAACACUCUUGCAGUGGCCGUCGUCCUGUGCUCGCUCAUCGCCGGCGCUCUGGCCGGCGCAGUGGCUGAAGGUGGCUACGGCGGCGGUGUGGGCACCGGUGUGGGCGGCAGCGUCGUGCUCCUCAACUCCGGUGGCCAUGGCCAUGGAAAAGUCGUGCUGGGGCCUUCGUUCCUAGUCAAGACGGUUCACCAUGUGAACAAAGUCAGCUCUGGCGGCGCGUUGGUGGCACAUUCAGGCCUGAGCGGUACAAAUGGGAACGGUGGAUACGGCAGUGGCGGACUCGUCUACAUGCCAGUCUACGGUCUCGGCCUCGGAGCCUUGGGAGGUGUUGGAGCUCUUGGAGGCUAUGGAGGCUAUGGUGGCUAUGGUGGCUAUGGUUUCUACGGAGGCUACGGAGGCUAUGGAGGUCACGGUGGAUGGUAG